AUGGAUCGCUCGGCAGCCUUCCCCUUGGGAAAGCUUAUUCUGAUCUCCCUUUGCAUUGUUUUAUGGGCGCCCCAAAGCGCGGCAUGGCUGCCCAAAACGGCCCAUAAAUUCGCCGACGCCCCCCACAUUCGCCUGCGCUCCGUGUCUCUCCGAGUGUUGGACCAUCCUGAAUUGUUACUCGGCAGCGAUUCAAAUGUUCGGAGCCACCGGAGCAUGAUGGAGUCUGUCCGAAGAGAGCUAGCCCAGGCGAAUACUACGACGGGGGGGUUCAACAGCAGCGUUUUGGAGCAGCUAGGGUCGCCCCCAAUCCAGGUCAUGGUGACGCUCUCGGCAGCGGCCAUGCUGCAGCCGGACACUUUUGGGAAGUUGAACGAUGCGGCGGGGGCGGUGGAUAGUAGUGUUCUGGGGUACCUGCCGGAGGAUUCGUAUUUACUAUUGUGUCCAAACACGACCGCGGCGAAAAAGAUUCAGGCGGCACUGCCGGCGGUGGUGUGGAUGGGGGUGUAUGAUCCCAGCCAUAAGAUGGCCCCCGAAUGGAUACAGAUCAGCCAGGUGGUUACGGGGGGCUCGUCCCCUGUGAUGUCAAGCGGGGGGGACGCGGGAGCAGAAUCGGUGGCUAUCGACGAUUUGAGCCGGGUGCUGAUCGACGUGCGCCUGCCAGGAAGUGUUGCCAGCGGCGCUGACGUCAGUACUGACCUGGCGGGCGCGCUGGCAGCCCAGUGGAACGUCAGCCUCAAUGUGUACCUUAAAGCGAACUGCAAGGGUAACGCCAUACCCGCUGUGGUGACGAAAGCAGCACGGGAUGUCGUCACGGCGGCCACACCCAGCAUGUGCCUCAACAUGGCUGUGGCGUGGCUGGCGGGACAGCCGUGGGCGCACUGGGUGGGGCCUCGUCCCGUGACCCGGUUGCAUAACAUGUACUCUAGCAGCCUCACCCAGAGCUCUAUGGCUCUGGCCCUCAGCCCCGGCGUUACGGACGGCGUCAGUUACGGCACUGCCCGUCCGGUUUGGGACGCGGGAAUCAUGGGCCAGAACCAGAUCGUGGGCAUGGGCGACAGCGGAGUCGACUGGAACAGCUGUUACUUCGUCGACCCAGCCGUUCCGGUUCCGGGCCCAACCCACCGGAAAGUGGUGGGCUACCGGCAGCUCUCCGGAGGCGACAACCUGGACGGGGAGGGCCACGGGACCCACGUGUGCGGCAGCAUCUGUGGCCAGGCGGGCGAUCUGACGCCUAGCCAGUACGACGGAAUGGCCCCCAAGGCUCGCGUGUUUGUGUCCGAUAUGGGCACCGGGAACGUGGGCUACAUCAACCCGCCCUCCGACCUCAAUAACGACUACUUCAAGUACGCGUACGCGGCCGGCGCGCGCAUUCACAGCGACUCGUGGGGCACCUCGGACGCGAGCUACUCGUCCAUGUCGCAGGACGUCGACCAGUUCACGUGGACCAACCAGGACUUCCUGCCUGUCAUUGCGGCCGGCAACUCCGGCGCCCAGCACAACUACGGGCCGACCAUCUACGCACCCGCCACCGCCAAGAACGCACUCACAGUGGGCGCCACGUGGGGCCCCUUCGGCCAGAGCGUGUACAAGGAACCCGCCGGCAGCUUCAUCAUGACCGUUACCGGCCCCGCGCUCGACCUGAACGUCUUCAAGGUGUUCAACUCCGGCUUCGGGACCGACUUCAAGAAGCUGACGUCACCGCUGACGGCGGCAGCGGCCGUCCCGCAGGACGCGUGCUCCGGGCUGACGAAUGCCGCGGCGGUGAAGGGGAAGGUGGUGCUCUUGGACCGGGGCACGUGCCUGUUCUCCGUCAAGAUCCAAAAUGCCCAGACCGCGGGUGCGGCCGCGGUGCUCAUCAUGAACACGGACGCAUUCCCACCGGGCUACUUCUCCAUGAGCGCCGGCACGGCCGCUGGCAGUGUGAAUAUCCCCGCGGGGUCGCUGCCCAAGGCGAUCGGCGCUAUACUGUACGCAGCGCUCAAGGGAAAGACGGCAGUACAGCUCUCGUUUGCGGUGGAUUCUCGCACCGAUGCGCGAUACGACAACGUCGCGAGCUUCAGCAGCGUGGGGCCCACACAAGACGGGCGGAUCAAGCCGGAGAUUACGUCCCCCGGCGACACGGUGCGUUCCGCCAAGAGUUCCGGCCUGCUCAACGACCAGACGUGCAGCCAGGCGACGAUGUCGGGAACUAGUAUGGCGACGCCCAUCACCGCGGGCUCCGCCGCGCUCGUGCGCCAGUACUACACCGACGGCUGGUACCCAACCGGGAAAGCGACCCCCUCCAACCGGUUCCAGCCUAGCGGCGCUCUGGUGAAGGCGACUCUGAUCAACGGAGCUGCGCUGAUGGGCGGAGUAACCGGCGACGGGUGGCCGAUCGACCUGCCGCCGUCAAUGACGCAGGGCUUCGGACGAACGUUUUUGGCCAACAGCCUGAAGCUGCCCAACACGGCCUGGAGCAUGUUCGUGCGCAACGGGACGUCCGUGCAGACCAGCAGCGGGCAGCGCUACUGCGUCUCGGUUGGGGCAAACAGCGGCGACCUCAAAGUCACGCUCGUCUGGCACGACGCGCCCGCCCUGCUGACCGCGAGCACGGUCCUCGUGAACGAUCUCGACCUGGUGGUGACGUCACCUUCGGGGCGGGUAUUCCUGGGCAACGGUCAAGCCGACCGCAUGAACAACGUCGAGCAGGUCUGGGUGCGCACCCCCGAACAGGGCGUCUACUUUUUGGACGUGAACGGUUACAAGGUGCCCAUCGGCAAGACCGGCCAGCCCUUCGCUCUAGUUGCCAGAGGCCCGCUCAAGGAGGUGGCGUGCUACGACGCCCACGUGAGCGGCGGCCCCUCCGGCUUCACCAACAACCGCAGCCCCGUGUUUUACAUCAGCGCGACCGCGGGCGCCAAUCUGGUGCUCCAGUGUCGCCUGCAGUGCACCCCGAGCAGCUCCUCGUGCUUCGCCUGGAAGACGUGCACUUCUCCAGUCACGCUCAAGAGCCUCCCGGAUGCGGCCUACACAUUCUCCGUCCAGAUAAUCGACACCAAGUACGGCAUGCAGAGCACGCCCAGCUCCCAAACCUUCACGGUCCUAACCAAACCCCCCUCAACCACGCUGAUGUCUUCCGACGCGCCCUCCAACGCUGCGACUGCGACUUUCACGUUCACCUCCCCCUCUGCCAACGUGGCAUCGUACCAGUGCCAGCUCAACGGUACGAACCUUCGUGCUCCACCCGCCGAUAUCGGUACCGUCGUGAGCCAAGAGGGGCGGUCAGACUUAACCCAUGGCUGGCAGCCUUGCUUUACCCCGGAGACGUACCAAGGGCAGUUCGACGGCGAUUAUAUAUUCUCAGUGCGGGCAGUCGACCUUGCGGGGAACGUCGAUCCGAAGCCGCCCACCUUCUCCUGGAGUGUGAAUACGCUCCAACCGAGCGCCAAGAUCACGCAAGCGCCGGGGCUGUACACCAACAACUCCAGCCCAGUGUUCGCAUUCACACUGAGCAAGGCCCCUGGGAUCACCCCCGGGGUACCAGAGUGGAACUGCCGCUUGACUCCGGGAGACCCGGGCGCGUUUCAGAAGCUGACGUCAUCCGAAGGAGUGGACGGGGAAGAGGCGCAGGCCGCGGCUGCCGCGGUUAGGCUCGCGCAGGGUUUGGUUAUGGGCGGGGUUAAUCCUAACCUGCACGACUGGGCGCCCUGUAAGUCCCCGGUGAACUUCACCGGCCUCCCCGACGGGGCCUAUGCGUUCAGCGUCCGGGCGAUUGACACUCAGGGCGCCAAUGGACUCAGCAAUGCCUCUGCGACCGUCGACUUCAGUGUCAACACCGUGCCGCCCCGCACGGCAGUCCUCUCGCAGCCGCCGGCCCUGGCAGCUGCCACGUCAGCCGCCUUCUACUUCAUAAGCUCGGAGCCGGUGACAUACUUAUGCGAGCUGCGGUCAGCUUAUGCGGUGGAUCAAACGCAGUCCAAGUACAACCAGACGGCGACCAUUGUCUACUCGUGGAGGGCUUGUUUGUCGCCCAUAUCUUUCCUGGGACUCCAAGAUGGAUCGUACACUCUCCUUAUCCAAGCGACGGAUCUGGCCGGAAAUGGGGGCGCAACGAUGCCGCUCGUAUUCGGUCUUGAUUCGACGGCGCCCACUCAGACUAUCACGUCGGCCACGGUGCAGACUGGCACACUUCUGGCGACCUUCUCCGGCGCCGACGGCGCGCGCGGCUCCGGGGUGGUGAGCUUCCAGUGCCGGUUAGUCCAAACCGGCCGCACAGCGCCCGGGUUUACCCCGUGCACGUCUCCGAGCACUUACAGCAACCUGUUCUGGGGGCAGUACAACUUCCAGGUCAAGGCGGUGGAUGCCGCCGGGAACGUCGCGGGUUCGCCCGACGAGUACAACUUCACCAUCGCAAACGCCGGCGUUUCCGGGCAGGUCGUCUCCUGGAUGCGCGCGCCCUUCCCCGCCAAGAUCUCCAGCCGCACCGCGGCCGCAAUCGCGUUCGACGCGAGCGGCGCCGACGGGCUGACGCCGACGCCAAACCUCGGGGGUUUCGAGUGCAGCCUGGACUCGGGGAGCGUGCUCGCGUGCACGAGCCCCCGGUUCUUCAACAUGCUGUCGGAAGGAGAGCACGUCUUCCGAGUGAGAGGCAAGGAUACAAAGGGGGCGGCCGGGCCGUGGAAUGGGUACAGCUGGAUCGUAGACACGCAAGCGCCUUCAACGGCCAUCACGAGUCCAAAGUCACUGGUCCUGAACACGAUCAGUCCAGUCUUCACGCUUUCCGGUGACGACGGAGCCACCGGAACCGGAAUCGACCACUUUGAGUGCAAGCUGGAAGCCCAAGGGCAGGUCGUUGGCGACCCUUCCGCCGCGGAAUCCGUCAGCAACUCGACCGGAAUGCUGGUCAACUGGAAGCUGCACGACUGGCAGGCGUGCGGCGUGUCAACGUCGUUCCAGCAGCUGCCGAACGGGCUCUACAGGUUCUCCGCGCGCGCGGUGGACGAGGCGGGCAACGCGGACCCGAGCCCCGACUUCCGCGACUUCUUGGUGAACAAGUGGGUCGUCGAGCUGGAGGCCUUCUCCGCGAGCAGCAGCCCGCUCGUGCUGCCGCCCUCGUCGGACGUCGUCCAGUGCGACCAGGGAGCGCCGAGCUGCCAAUUCACGGUCGGACUGGACGGUGCUGCCGUCAGCGCCUUCGGCGGCCGCGUCAUCGCGCUGUUCCCGGGAUCGCCCUCUGCGACGUUCCCCAGCUUCUCCCUGAGCAGCGGCAGCGGCGCCCUUCUCGCGAACACCAUCAGCGCGUCGCUCGGGCCGGGGCAGCCCCCGCAGCAGUUCAGCCUGCUCUCCCGGGUGGUCGCCAUCCAGUCUACCGACCAGUCGACCGCAGUCCUGUCCGCGCCGGGGCUGCUCAUGCUGCAGUACUCGGGGGACGCGGCCGCGCAGGCCAGGAGGCGCGCGCGCGCGCUGCUGGCAACCGGAAACGCAACGGACGGCCCCCCGGGGGUGCUUCUCUUCAACCCUGACCUGUCUGUGGGCAGUACUGCCAGCUGGCAGCAGGUGGCGAGCAGCGUGAUCGUCACGUUCGAGGACGGCUACUGCACCGCCCAGGUGAAGGACCUGGGGAACUACGCCGUGGCGACGCUCUACGUCGCGCCUCCCGUUUCAGGUUUCAUACCUUCGGACCCCACCCCCAGCCCGACGCCGACUCCCCCCCUCAUCGUGCCCAUCUACCAGCCCCCCCCCAGCGCAAACGAGUCCACGCCGGCCACUGUCAUGUCGGCUUCCGUCGGAGGGGGUUCAAUAAUCCUGUACGUCAUCAUCUCUGUUGUGGCGAUUGCACUAGCGACAGGUGUCGCGGGUUGCGUGCUGGUGUGCAAGCGGCGGCAGCCCAGCAAGGCCGUGUCCAUGUUCGCCCCCAAGGCGCCCGCGUUUGCGGACACGCCCAACGACAGUCCGCGGUCCGCGCAGCCGAUGCGCCGCCGCAAGAGCCGCAAGUCAGGGACGCACUUCGAGUUGCCGCAGGACUCGCCGGGGGGUUCUCUUCCGGGUACACCCCGAGGGCGACGCUUCUCGUCCGGCCCAGAGCUGGCACGGUCGCCGCUUUCCGUCGGUUCGAUAAGAAAGUCGUUCACAGACAAGGUCCGCAAGAUCAGCAUGUCCGUCAUGGGUCGCUCGGAUGAGGUCAUGCAUACGCAAUACGAGGACCUAGAAACAGUCGACCUAGAAGGCACCACGCCGACAGGGCAAUGACGGGUUGCGCAUCUGAAUUGCUCGCGUUAGGUAAUUAAGUAUAGCAGGGAACCGCCAUUUGAAUGUUUUGCUUACGAUUAGAAGCUCUAGCAUGCGGUUAGUACUGUCCCACUCACAUCCAUUCGUUAAAGCUUACUCCAGAAGCGUGGCUACUUCCGAGUUCAGGACUAAAUUUCUAUCAGGGGGUAAUCAGGUCCACCUCCUAGAAGUCUAGAGCUUUCUGACUGUAUGCUUCAUCCAUAGACUUCUCGUCGGAGUCAACGUUCCGGAUAGGGCCAUUGUAGUGCUUACGGGCACUUACAAACCACCAUACCAGAAUGACAAGUCCAAAACCUCCUCCUGUAACCGGCGUGUAGUUGAAAGUCGCGCUGCGGUCAACAUGGAGGUG